CUCCUAGGAAGUUGAAACAUUACAGAACACAAUCCUCUCUCUCUCUCUCUUAAAUCUUCUCUCUUUCUUCUUGAUCUGAGCUUCUUGAUCUGUGUCUGAUCCAAAAUCUAUAACAUAUCGAUCAUGGAUUGUUAUACGGGAAGGAACUUUGAAGAUUUUGUUGUGCCUAAUUAUCAAGAAACGUCACCAUCUGAUGAUAUGUGGGGUGGUGGAUGGAGCAUGAACUCCCCUGACGCUGCUGAGAAAUGCUUUGAUUACGAUCGUUUUAAUAGCCAGAUGGGUAUGAGGACGAGUGAAGAAGAAGAAGAGUCCAAGAGGUCAAAAGCUUUCUACGGCGCUUCUUCGCUUCACGAGUUCGAAGGAAUCGAACAGAUGGAUGAUAUGUUCUUAAGUUCUAUCUUGGAGGAUGUUCCUGGAGAUGUACAUCGUGCUUCCAGCAGUAAUAACAGUGUUGGUUCUUCGUCUAUGUAUGGUGGUCGUGAAGUCCCCAUGUUCCAUUGUCAAGCCAUGCCUUUAAAGGAAGAGGCUCCUUUCACAAUCUCAGAUAUGUCUGAAGAGAACAUGUUAGAUUCACAGUAUGUGGAUGAUGAGCUGUCUUCUGAAGAACUAGUGUUGCAGGAUCUACAGAGAGCUUCAGAAAAGUUAACUGAUGAGACAAGAAAGUGUUUCCGAGAUACGUUUUACCGGCUUGCAAGAAGCUCACAAGAGAAGUUGGAUUCAGACAACAACACUGAUUCAGGAGAGUUCCAUAUGCAAGCAUCCAGAUAUGAUGAUUAUGGUGACAACACUACCAGGUUGAGUAGAGAGGAAGAGAUUGAAUCAGAAACAAACUCAAUCGAUAGAGCCGUUGCGAACCUCACUUACAACAAGAUGGAAUCCAACAUAAGCAACUUUCCUCUACCAGAGAGAGUGCAGUAGAGCUUCUGCCUGGAUCAAAGAUCAAACCAUUGUCGCCUCAUCAGCUUCUUGUAUGGAGUCUUUUGUUGUCACAUGUGUAUAUGUUUGUAUAUAUAGAUGACUCAAUGUUGCAAGCUUCAGUUUUGAUCCGUCUCAAAAGAAUCUGGUCCCUUUUUAGUUUUCUGCAGUAAUGUUUUUUUACUUUGGAAGUGGUGUGUGACAAUGCCUAAUGGCCUAAGACUCAAUAUGUAUAAGACCAUCAUGUUUCAUUAUGAACACUGAAAAGCAUAACUCAGUGAUAAAGCUUUAACUGAGUCA